CAUUAUCUCUGUAACGUCCGUCCACCUCAGGACGUUAAACACAGUAAUCAUAACACAAUGAAGACACUAUCAGCGAUUAUACUCCUCUUUUGCUAUGCUGCUUGCUGCCUUAGUUUUAGCCCCGAUAAAUUUUUCGAAGAUUUUGGUUACCUUGACGAAGCGUCUUCUAAGCCGGAUGGAACAGCUCACAGCCCAGAGGAUCGCGAGAGGGCAAUUAGACAUUUCCAGAAAGUUGCUGGCCUACCAGAGACCGGACAACUAGACAAACGAACCGUUAAAAAGAUGUCUGGUGAAAGAUGUGGGGUCAAGGAUUUAGUCCCUCCAAGGAAACGAAGACAGCCUGGGGGACCUCUCGAGUUCUAUGCAGUAGGAACGAAAUGGGAUAAAUCGACGGUGACGUACUCGUUUGUAGGGUACACAAGGCAGCUCGAACAAGGCCAACAACGGAGAGCUAUUUCAAAUGCGUUGUCAAAGUGGUCAGCGCAUGCCAAUAUCAACUUCCGGGAGGUGUCCGGAAGAAAUGCCGAUAUUCUGAUCAGCUACGGCACGGGAAAUCAUGGGGACAAUUAUCCAUUUGAUCGACGAGGAGGCACUCUAGCGCAUGCGUUCUUCCCCGGUUCCGGAGACAUUUCCGGAGACACUCAUUUUGAUGACUCAGAGCAAUGGACGCUCGGAACAUCUGAGGGUACCAACCUUGAGAUCGUGGCGGCUCACGAGUUUGGUCACGCUCUAGGAAUAGGUCAUUCUAACGUACCAGGGGCCUUAAUGGCUCCGUACUAUGCUGGAUAUGACCCUAACUAUGGGCUGGCCAACGACGACAUACAGGCUAUCCAGAGCAUUUACGGUGCUCGCACAAGCGGUGGUUCACCCACACGUCCUCCAAGGCGAACCGUACGCCCGACAAGAAGACCAACUACCACUACUGCCCCGCAGGGAACUGAUUGCAGUCUAAAGUUUGACGACAUUUUUACCGGAGACGAUCGUCGUGUUUAUGCUGUACGAGGAACUAAGGUUUACAAGUUUCGAUCGAACGCCAAUGGUGUCGAGAGAGGGCGAUACAUCCGGAGAAUAUAUAAGAAAGCACCGAAAAACCCAGGGGCUAUUGUCAAAGCGAGAAACCAACGACUUUAUUUCUUCAAAGGUUAUAGAUUUUGGCGGUAUACCCGAGGACAGUUAGACAGAGGGUACCCAAAGGUCAUCAAAGGGGAAGACAACUGGUACAGGAAUGCCAAGGCCGCUGUUCUUUGGCGUGAUGGAUUCGUUUACUUGUUCAAGGGAUCUGAGUACAGUGUUUGGGCGGAAGGAUACACAAAACCUCCUCGUGGUUAUCCCAAACCUAUAUCGAGUUUCUUCCGCGGAGUUCCCACCAAUGUAGAGGCUGCCAUUCGUUACAACCGUUAUACAUAUUUCUUCAAAGGACACAAUUAUUUCAAAGUGGAUGACUACAGAAGAGUGUUGCCGGGGUAUCCGAAAAAGAAAGCAAGUGCGUGGCUAGGCUGUGGUUCUCCAACCCCAAAAUAACAUUAGGGAGACGAGAUCAUGUGUAGAAUAUCUGUACUCCCACAUGAACGUCAUUUAUUCUCCAAUAUUCAGACAAUAUUUUGACUUUAUUAACCGCUCUGGAUUCAAUAGGUCUUCGUUAUCAAUGUUAUCCAAGUGAAUAAAUUUGGGUGAAAAUUUUAUUUAAAUCAGGUAUGUUAUAAGAAACAGACACAUACAUUUACGAUUUAUAGUUGAAUUUAACUUGUGAAACACAGAUGUGAUAUGGUUUUACCUGUGGUAAAUUUUGACGUAAUAAUCAGUCUUUACCUAUACAUUAAUUUUAUGUAUGUCAAUAUGAUUGUGUUUAAUAAUUAGAAUUGACGCGCAUCCACACAAAUAAAAAAUGUCAUAGCAUAAAUAUAAUUGAAAAAUCCUCCAGGAUGUGAGAAAGCUUACCUUUUGAUAAAUAUGAAUAUUCAUAGAUAGAGGUAGUUAGGUAUGAAGAUACAUUCUCCGAUUCUAAAAUGAUUUAUAUUGAUUUAUAUCUGGAAAAUUCUAUGACAAAAUUAUAGAUAACACUUUAUUCUGAGACUUGUCAAUUAAUUGUGGGUCUUGAAUCAAGAGUGAACGAUCUGGCAGAUACGAGAAAUUUGUUUUCUCACAGCAAAAGAAUUAACGCAGGAUUUUGAUUUAAAUUUGUCAAUGAGUACUACAAACGGAGAGUUUUGUUAACGUCAGAUACCAAUUGAUUCAAAUACAACGAGUUCUGAGGCGUUCAAUUUUUUUUGUCUUUACCAAAAUUGCUAAAUCAAUAUGAUAUCUAUGUAGGUAAACUAUACUCACCUAUUAUAUCACACUUUCAUAUCAAUAAAGAUUGCGAUCAUGGAGAUGAUAGCCAUAUAGUGUUGGAAAGAGACUUUGGAAUAAAUCCAGUGAUAUUAACCCUUGUAAUUAGUGAGUGACUUGAAGCAAGGAAAUGUAUACUCAACGGAAAUGAUUAAAUGAAACACAAGACGAAAUAAAGAUGCUAAAGAUUAUUGGCCUAUUUAA